AUGGGAGGUGACGUGUUGGGAAAUGUCAGAGUACCACCAGAGAAGCAUGCGGAUCCACUCAGAAGUAGGCGCUGCGAGAGCAAUGGAGGUAGGAUCAUGGACGCAAAGGGGCAUCUCAGACCGACCGUGCAGUACGGCAUCAUGAUCGACGCGGGCAGCACUGGCAGCAGGGUACACGUCUACAAGUUCAACUACUGCAGCUCCUCGCCCGAGCUGGAAUCGGAAGUGUUUGAAAUGAUUAGAGGAGGACUGUCUUCGUACGGCCCCAACGCGCAAGGUGCUGCAAAUUCUCUGCGUCCGCUACUUCAGACAGCAUACAAGUCCGUGCCGCCAAGUUUGAGGAGGUGCACGCCCAUCUCUGUCAAGGCGACUGCUGGUCUUCGAUUGUUGGGGGCAAAGCAGAGCAAGGAUAUUCUCAAUGCCGUGAGGUACAUGCUUGAGCACGAGUAUCCCUUUCCCAUCGCGGAUGGGCCCGAUGGACGUGGCAAAGGCGUCGAGAUCAUGGAGGGCAGAGAUGAAGGCGUCUUUGCAUGGAUCACCGUCAAUUAUCUCCUCAAUCGGAUCGGCGUGCAGGGUACCAAUGUCGCACCAAAGACGGCAGCAGUCAUGGAUCUAGGGGGCGCCUCGACGCAGAUCGUAUUCGAGCCCACACCGGGUAGCGGGCCCAUGCCUCCCGGUGCGCACGUCUACACGCUAGAGGGCUUUGGAGGAAGGAACUACACCCUGUACCAGAACUCCUACCUCGGUUAUGGUCUGAUGCAGGCGCGCAAGUCUAUCAAUGCUUUGGCGACGUUCAGCCAUGCCCUCUCCAACCCAUCUGCCGUCAAAUUCGGCCCCUCGACUGGCACGGCGGUGAUUGGCGUCACUGCGGGUGCAGACGCUGUGCGCAUCCCUAGUCCGUGCUUUGCUCCAGGCACGGAAAAAAAGGCCAAGGUGGUACUGCCGGGACGUGAUGGCGAGGUGGAGGUGAUGCUGACAGGUGCUCCUGGUGGAUUCGCGGGCUGCAAGAGGCUCGUCGAGGUCAUGAUGAACAAGGAUGCCGCAUGCGCGACCUCACCAUGCUCGUUUGCAGGCGUCUAUCAACCUUCGCUGAUGAACAGCUUUGCCGACUCGCCCAUCGUCGCGCUGUCCUACUUUUACGACAGGCUCGAACCGUUGGGUGUGAAUGGGACAUUCAGCAUCUCUCUCCUCGAGUCGCUAGCCAAGGAUGUCUGUGCGGGCCCAGCCCGAUGGAGCGUGCGCUUCCCGCCAAGCAAGUACCCGGAAGCGCUCAAGGAACUGCGCGAUAGACCCGAAACGUGCUUGGACCUGACGUUUCAACACGCCUUGUUGAGUUUGGGAUACGAUCUGGGCGCCAACAGACAAGUCACUGUGGCCAAGAAACUGGCAGGAAGCGAGUUGGGCUGGUGCGCUGGGGCGCAAUUGAUGACGCUGGACGAAGAAGGCGUUCUUUGCAAGGCUUAG